GCAGUCGAUCGAGUGCGGUUUCAAAGUGCGGACUUGUUUUCUUCGAUUCGGGAAAAUCCCGCCCAACGCCGGUGUGUCGUCGCAGCCUCUCUCCCCUAGCCAUACUACAGUGAGAGGUGGUGGAGCGUGUGUACGUACGAAUUUCCACUUGUUCGUUUGGUCCGUUUGCUCGCUCGCUCGCUCGCCAGCGUUGUAGUGGUGAUGAAAAUUGGCGAUCGCGUAAAAGUCACCCAUCGUUUAGUGCGUGCGUUUCCUAGUACCAUUCGGAUUCGGUUUGUGUGUGUAGGCGUGUAGGCUGGUGUGAACUUUCACCGGAGGAUAUUUCGUCACGGAUGAUCGGUGGAAAAAGAAGAAAAUUUAAAGUGCAGUUCAGUGUCAGAGGCGAAUCGAACGGCAGUCAGUUCUCGACGAAGCACGAUUGCAGCAACCGUGCAGUGGUACCUAGGCGCUAUCACAUUGAGAAUUAGCAUAACCAGUUUGCAGUUGUGACAAACAGAAUAAAUGCAUUUUAGUAGAUGGGGUUCUGACGACGAUUGACCGUCCGGAAAAGUUUCGAAACUGUUUUUUUCAAAAGUGGAAUUAGUUAUGUUCAACAUUUAAAAAUGUAAAAUUUAUGAAGUAUUUUUUUUGCAAUUAAUGACAGAUAGAGAAAAAUAUCGACGAAGAAUAGUUCUACCGAAGGAAAUCAUUUCUAUUUUCAUGUAUCAUGUUGAUUGGAGAAAACUUCGGAUAAGUGGUUCCGUGUGCAUGAUUCCUACCUCAAAGUGAUAAUUGUAGAAUGCAUCGUUUAUCUUUGCAGAUGUCUUCGUUGUAACGCAAUCUUCUCUGCAGCAAAUAACACCAACGUCAAUGAGGCAGAAAUGCAGUUCACCGAGAACAGUGCGAAUGAACCGAUUUGUUGUGCCAUUUGAAGUUAGGGAAAAUAAUCAUUGUUAAUAGUUCAGUGCCAUGGAGAAAGAAAAAGUGAAAUCUCUUCGGAAGCGAUCUUCAGUGCAUGACAGACGAGAAAAUCUACCGACACCCCCACCGGAUCCUACGAUAGGUUUACCAGUGACUUCCCAUUCGGAAAGUCCAUCGGAAGUUAUCGCCAUAGACAGUAGUGAUCCGUUCAAGCGCCUGUUUACCUAUAGUGAGAGAGAAAGUCAAUUUUUGAAGCUGUUAUGUGAUAGUGAUAGUAGUUCUAGUCUAAACAAAAUUAUGCAUCCAGCUCCUGCCGUUUGUGGAGGAGCAGAUAGUAGACCGGAGUGUAGUGAUAGUAUGGUGGAAAUACCACCGGUGCCACCUCUUCGUUUGGAGGGAACCGAGGCUGCCUUUGAAUCCCCGAACGAUUUUCUCAUGCUACUGAACCGCACCGGACCGUCGGUAGCUGCUGCACUUUCCACCAAAGGAGCCCUCGAUCAGCUCGAUCGUCUGCAUGAUCUCAUCAAACAGUUGCUCACACUACAGGAGCAAAAUAUGCGGAUGCACUGGCAGCUUAAGAAUGUGGAAGCACUGCGGAAGCUCAAGCUGAUGCAAAACUCGAUGAGCAGGGAUCCGGAAGGAUUUCUUGCUUGCGGUCAGCUGCAGGAGGAAAGUUCCGACAACGAUCUGUUGGACAAUGAGCUUGAGCAGAACUUGGCCCUACUGGAAACGAUCCUGGCGGCCGGGAACACUGCUAGCAGUAAACGAAAUAGUUCAAAACGAGAACGCAGCAAAUCGGUCAUCAACGAGGAGAUCGGUAACUUUCAGCCUCACAUCGCCGGCAGCAAGGAAACCGGUAGAAACUAUCCACUGCGCCGGCAGAGUGCCGUGUCCGACUUCAAACCCAAGGUAUCGAAAUGGACCAAAGUGAAAGCUGCCUUCAAGUGGGAGAAAACAAGCGCACUGCCAACGAACGAAAUAAAAGCCUCGGAAGCCUUGAUGAUUCCAGUCAACAACGAAGUUGCACGCUACCUUCGGGUGCCGUCCGUUCCAUGUGUCGGAAGCUCCGGGGAUUCGGUUUUCAGUUCUUCGUCGGGAAUCGUAGUCAGUGGUGGAUCGGCUCCUGGAUCACCCGGUGAAAAUAGUUUGGCCAGCUCAACCGAAGAUCUCACCGAUAUGGCCGAGGAUGGCCGAGGUGGAUGCAGAACGACCAAACGCGACUCGGUGAAAAGUACCGAUCAGUCACGAUCGCACGAUGAAGAUUCACGACGCAGUAAGUCUCUGGAUGGCGACGUCAUCAUCGAUCCCAUUCGACAGUUGGAGAAGAACAAAAACAAGUCCGCUUGGAGUAAGGUGAAGGGAAUCGUGAAGAAUCACCGAGGAUCACUGAAAUCGAACGGCUCCCGAAAAAAUACCAAAUCAUCCAAUAGCGUCGGUUGUAGUCGGGAGGCAAGUCCGUGUGAUUCGUUGGAAGCGAAUGAACUGCAACGAGAUCGGUCGGACUCCUUCUCAUCCAGUCAGACCUCUCCCGGUCAUAGGAAUGCUACGCCAACGUUCCUGGCACUGCCGGCCGGUGAUAAUAACAGCUGUCCGAAUUCUCCCUGUGGAUCACUGCCGGCUGCUUUUUCCAGUGACGACAACGAUUGGAAGUCGGAGAGUAAGCUCGGCAGAACCGGAAGCACAGAACGAACAACGGCCACUAGCGGAAAGGAUUCCACCGUCAGCAGAAGCUCCCGCAAGAGCAAACAUAUACCUGAAAUCGAAUCAGUACCUGAAGGACUUCCGAUAGAUCCCAAACAGAGCAGUAUUAGUACCAAAGCACGAAAGUCUCCUCCUAAACCGCUAAGUCUCCGUCAGGAAGCUCUGGACGUGGACGCCUCCGCCGAUCAGUCCCUUUCUUCACCGGGAUCUCAGCGAGAUGUGUCCAAAAGCUCACCCCAACGGAAAAGCUAUGGCGGUGAUGAGACCUCAGCUCCGGAGAGCCCGUUGAAGGCAUACGAGUUCUUCGAGGGUGAACUGGAAGACUUUUCCAGCGAAGACGUAUCCGAUCAGAACACGCCCCAUCGGAGACCGUCACCGAAAACGAAAAGUCUUCUGCGACAACGGGAGGAGAUUCAGCAGCGGUACAUGGAACUGCAAAACAAGCUCCAGCGAGAGUUCGACGCCAAACAGCAGGAGUGGGAGCGACUACGGCCAGCCACUCUCCUGCUGACCAACAGUCCCAUGAUUCUUCUAGUAAAUCAAUACCUGCGGGACGAUACGCCGCCUAGUCCGAAGCGGGAGCAGCACGCACCAAUCGUGGAGGAGAAUCUUUCACCGGAUUUUAAGAAGAAACUUGACGAAUGGCGAAUCAAGCAUCAGCCCCAACCAAAACCCGGACCGUCGAAAGAUUCUCCAUUGGAUGUGAAGAAAAGACCGGCCACCGAUUGGCAGCUGUGGAAAACAGGUCAUCUCAAACUAGAAGGACAGGGAUUGACGCAGCUACCGAAUGCAAAAGACCUUCCGGAAGAUUUUCAGAAAAAGCUGUCUGAGUGGAAACAGAUGAAGGCAGCGAACAAGGUUCCAUCCUACAGCACACAAGCAUCGUCACUGAGCGAAUCGUCGAUGAAACGUCAGCACAGUAAAUCUACGGGAGCAACGGCAAAGAAAGCGAAACCCACGGAAGAGCACAAGGGAGAAGGACUUUCGAAGCUGAAGGCACUUGUCACUACGGAUGCACCCAAGAAGGAACUGGUUGUUCAGACCACGAAAGGAUUCAUCAAGUUCGAAGGCAUUUCGAGGAAGUUCACCCGUCGGUUGUUCGAAUGGGAAAAGGCAAAAGGCAUUGGUCCGGAAGCUUCGACUAUAGCUUUACUCCAUCCGGGCUAUGCUCCGGUGGUUGUCGAAAACAGUGGAAAUGCGUUUGAGGCGAAGCGUGAGAAGUCGCCCGGGUUGGGCCGAUCGCUGUCGAUGGACAGUAUUUCGCCGAAUCCAUCGGCGCCGUCGAUUUCCCAUCAACCUUCCAGUCUAUCGCUGAACGAUGCCGACGAGCGGAAAGAAACCACAGACAAGGACACGAUCAGCAAUCGUCGAGUGUCAUCCAAUCCGGAACUAGAAAUGUCCGUGGAGAGAGAGGAACCACGUGCGGUGUUGGUGGAAGUCGAGGAAGAUGUACUGGAAGUAGCGGAUUCACUCGCAACGGCAACGUCAACUUGUUCAGCUGCGGAUUCCACCGGUAGUCAAAAUAAAACAGAUCCUGACUACAGUUCGCGGCCUUCCAGUAGCAGUGGUACAAUCCUGAAAGAUUCAACAAAGCUACUGAUUCGACUACGUGAGCAAGAUUCCGUCGACCGUGACGAGGUUCGUAGACUUAAAAUUGUUCUGAGAGCAUUGAUUGCAACUUUGCCGGAAUUCGUGGAAUCCGGUUCCCGUGAUAGUAUUGCAUUUUUCGCUUACAUGAAGGAUCUUGCUCAGGAUAUUCUGCGUCACCUGUACCGUUUUGAGGACGGUUCACUACAGCAUGCUAGCGAAGUUCUGGAAAACGUUCAACUGAUCAAUUCGUAUGUUGCGGAUCUGAAGAAAUCACUGCAUUCUUACAUGAAAUACGCCUCGGCCAUAGCUCGAAAUGAUGAAAAUAUCCCACAGAUCAGUAUUACUCCGUCGUACGUAGUGCAAGCGACCAGUUCCAUCCAGAGAUCAGAAGAUGGACUUCGGAGUAUGGCCACGAUCAACGUGACGCCCACGUUCGUGUGCAAUGCUGUCAAAGUGAACUCGAUUGACACGGGAAAGGUACCAACACGACAGUUUCCAAUAAGUUCGGAGUCGGAUCCCGUACCACUUACCUCACAGUCUCCGGACUCGUCAACCCACGUCGAAGGAAGUGUAACGGAAGAACGAUCCCUCGAACGGGAUAGUAAGAAAGUAGCACGCAAUUUGAGUAACGGAUCGAGGAAAAAAACCCGAAUCAAACGGAUGGGUUCUCGACAAAACAGUAAAACGGAGAGCGAUAGUGACGAAAGUCCUGCCAACUAUGUGCUGGAUGUUCCGAGAAAGACAAAACGCAAGACAAGCCGAGCGAAAAAACCUUCGGAUUCAAUGGAAAAGCUUCAUCAACAGCCAGCGGAUGACAUAGUGUAUGUUCUGAAGAUUAAACCUGCCCAAAAGUCGGAACCCCCGGAAAAGCCUGUCCCGCCGUCUCCAUCGGUUAGCGUCACCGAAGAUGUUCUGAUAUCUCCAACGGAAACCUGUGUAGAACUGCUGGACAAUCAAGGUAGCUCCAACUCGAUAAACUGUACCGCGAAUGUGCUGGUCAAAACCAAACGGAAAAUAUUCACGACCAUCGAUGGUGAAUCAACGAAUAACGGAGGAUCUUCACUGGCUAGUACUGGAGUCAUAAGCCGUGAUAUUGAGUCAUCUUGCCCGUCCGAUCGAAAUGAUCAAAUCGAACAUUCGAGAAGCGAACCAAAGAUCGUAACCAAUUUGCCACCUCUUCCACAAUCACCGAGUACCCAGCGACGGUUGGAACUACUGAAGAAUGCUCCCGCCAAAGAAUUGUCACCGAACAUACGACUGAUGGUGGCCAAAUACAAUCAACGGCUAUCGUCCGAACGUUCCGGUAACUCUCCGCACAGUUCCGGGUCGUGUUCUCCCGUAGCGUGGAGGUCACCGGUUCUUGAUCGAAGGGUUAAAACUCAGACCAAAAGGUACCAGGAAAGUAUUCAACUGUCUAAAUCGGCUAGCGCGGGAAGUUUGCGGAAGUCGCUGAAACAACUGGAGACAGACCAGAAGAGCUGUGAGAUUAGCGAUUCAGCACCCGCUACCAACAAGGUGAUAAAGUCUUCGAGUACGGGAAUGAUGGAUUCCAAUCGGUCUAAGGUUAAAAGCAUCAGCAACGAAAAGGACAACGGUGAUGGGCCGGAAAUGACGUUUCUCGCGUACGAUAGUUUACGGAGAAAGGAUACCUUAUCACGUAAAGAGCGGAAGGAGAUGGAACAGGAGAGUAUAAAGAAAAUGGAAACAUUGAAGAAAGAACGGUUGUACAAGAAACGAACGGAGUCUCCGAAGGGGACUGGGCUGGGAGCGGUUAGAAAAUUUUCCAAGGAGAAACAAUCGAGGUGUCGAUCUGUUCCCGGAGAAGAGGUGGUGUGUGAAGGGAAACCUCCAAGUCCGCGGUUGGCGCUGCGGCGAAAAUAUUCAACACAGAGUAGUUCGCAAUCGGCACCGACAACUCCGCUGGAAGAGGACAAGGGAAUGGCACAGAUGAGUCAACGAGCGCUGAAGUUGAAGAAAGCAAAGGAGGAGUUCCUGCAGAACCCAACAGGAGUAUCGAGGACCGAUGGACAACGCCAACAGAUUUGGAACAAUCGAAUCAGCCAGAUUAGUAUGGCCAGUGCAAACAGUAUUGAUGAUGCGCUGUUGAUGAAGAGUUCUAGCGCAGGAGUGAUUGAUGGUACAACAACGGAAGGAGAGAAUAGUCAACAGGAAAGCUUAUACGAAUCACUGCCAAGAGAUUCUUCGGGAGCACUUAGUACGGGAGGUGGAUGCGAUGAAGUUUCCUCCAGGAACACAAGUGUUCACAGCAGUCGGUUUGGAUUAUCCAAUCUGGCUUCUAAGCUGAGGAAGGUUAAGCUCAGACGGAGCAGCAAGGAUCUAAGCAAAAUGCAAACGAUUUCCACGCUCUGUCGGCAGAGUUUGAUGGUGGAUAUCAGUGGAGAAGCGAUGAAGAUGGGCAGUGAGCAGAAUCUCGGUCAUGGUCGGACCGGUGACGGCAGUGGCCGAGAAGAGGGCACGAGAGAGGUCCUGAAGAAGUCGGGAAGUGUACAGGCGAUUUGCAAUCGAUUCCGCAAGAGCAACGAACGAAGUGAUGAAUUGAAGAAGAGCCGUAGUUUGGGUUUUUUGGAACCGGAACGAAAAGGUUCGCAGUGACGCAUCAUUCGCUAUCGGUUGGAAGAAAACAAUGUAGUAUUACCAAGCGAGAUACUUUUUUUCUCUCUCAAAUUUUGGAUAAGCCAUAUUGAUGUAAAUGUUUUGAGUACAAGAGACUCUCAUGAUCCAUUAAAAUUACACGAUGAUCGAUGCAAUAUUCAGAGGAUGCCGUACACAUCGUCUGCUGUCGUCAAUUGGUAAAAUGUUUGUAUCAUAGAUCUGAAUAAAUAUAAUGAAUUCUGAAUGUCACUUA